AAUAAAAAUGGUCGAAAAUACAAACGAAUACUUUACCGAAGACUUAUUAUAAUCGCCAGUUCGGAAUGGUAAUUUUUGGUCUCCGAAUUUUUCAACGAGAUCUGAAAAACUCCAUCUGAGUAAUUUCCAUUCAUAUGAACCAUCGGAGUUUCGCAACAUAUUCCGGAACAAUACAGCUAACCUAUCACUUUAUCCAUCGUUAUACAUUAUUGAAAGAACUCUCUUAUAACUCGGAAUAUUUUGAAGAGGAGAAGACAUUAAAUAUGUUGAAAUUUCCGAAAUUAGUGGUGAAUCACGUAAAAGCGUUGGCAGCCCCUACUUUGCUGAGUAAUACAGAUUAUUUGUCGCAACAAACACGGAACACUUUUAUUCUUAAAAGAAGAUAUCCAGUUCCUCUUAAUCCAAAGAAAGGCAGACCGCAUCGCUUCAGGUCAAGACAUUUUAUUUAUGACCUUGUUGAAAAUACGGAUGUGAAGAGGAAGAAGCCGCUUGAUUUGAUUCUGACAGAAUAUGUCGCAGGACUUGGUAAUGCAGGUACUAGAGUAUCGAUGCAUCCAACCAUGGCAUAUCCAAAGCUUUUAUUGCCAAAAUUAGCGGAUUAUGCUACCCCGGAGAAUAUUGAAAAAUAUACUAAGUUAGCAGUGGAUCAACAGGACAAAACACCAUUUAGUUCUGCCACUGUAGAGAGAACGAUGAAAAUUUUGUCAACAAAGCGAAUAUCAAUUGUAAUGUCGAAGGAAGUACCAUGGACGUUAGAAAAGUGGCAUAUAAGAGCAAGUUUUCGCAAAGUCGGUAUCUUUGUGCCUGAAGAAACUAUAAUGAUGCCCCAAAAAGCAAUAUCUGGACCGAACCUGGAUAUAGAAGGAAAAGAAUUUUAUAUAACUAUCACAAUUAAUAAUCGCGAGCAGGUAAAGGUAAGAUGUAGUAUUCAUCAUUGGGCAAGUGAAUUGGCCGGACGAAUCAACGUUGUUGAUUUUUGGAAACUGCCGGCCGAGCCAAUAUUUCCUGAGGACAAACCAAUUUUAGACUCUCUUCCCUCCUUCUACACAGAAAGAAAAAGCAAAAAAAGUAAUGUUCGUUAAAUAUUAUAAUACAAAUUGUAUCAUA